CCUUCCCGCCCUCCGCCAUCAGAUGGCACCCUUGCACGGCCUUCAGGCGACCGCUGCCGGAGGGUAUCUCCGUGGCCCCAGAGAAGGCCCCGCCUCUCUGCACGCAGCCCGUGGGCGCCGGUGAUGGCGCCGCUCCCUAAGCUCGCUGUCUUCGAUCUGGAUUACACGCUCUGGCCAUUCUGGGUGGACACGCACGUAGACCCCCCAUUCCACAAGAGCAGUGAUGGGACUGUACGAGAUAGGCAAGGCAGGACCAUCCGACUGUACCCAGAGGUGCCCGAGGUCCUGGACCGAUUUCGAGGCCUUGGGGUGCCCAUGGCAGCCGCUUCACGGACAGGUGAAAUAGAAGGGGCCAACCAGCUACUGGAGCUCUUUGACCUUGCCAGAUACUUUGUUCAAAGGGAAAUCUAUCCAGGCAGCAAGGUCACACACUUUGAGAGGCUGCAGCAGAAGACUGGAGUUCCUUUCUCCCAGAUGAUCUUCUUUGAUGAUGAGAAGCGGAAUAUUGUUGACGUCAGCAAACUGGGUACUGAGUGGUGUUACCUGCAUUCAUGUUCAGAAUGGAAUGAGUCUUCAAGUCCUGACUCAAGGACUAGAGACAUUUGCAAAGGCCCACACUGGACCCUGAGGUCCAGUCCUGCGGAUGAGCCUCAUUUGAGGCAUAAAACUCAAGGAAACCAGGAAGGCAUUUUCAGGUUGGACGGUCUGUUUGAAGCGGCUGCUUCGAGCCGAGCUUGCGGGUUUGGGGCUGGUGGCUCGCGUCACGUGACAGCAGUGGCUUCCUUGGCGCCGGGUGAUGUCGCAGCGGAGCCCCAAGAAGGGAUUGGCCGAGGCGGGUCUCUGAGCGCUGGGCUGCAGGCUCCCAGGAACAAGGCGGAAGUGUGCGGGACGCCGUGGGGCAGAGGCAGGACAGGCGGGGGCCAUGAGUGGUCUCGGCCGACUCUUCGGGAGGGGGACAUUGACAAGGUGGAUGAACUGAUGGCCGACAUCACAGAACAACAGGAGGUGGCCCAGCAGAUUUCUGAUGCCAUUUCUCGGCCUGUGGGCUUUGCAGAUGAUGUGGAUGAGGAUGAACUGUUGGAGGAACUAGAGGAGCUGGAACAAGAGGAAUUGGCUCGGGAGUUGUUACAUGUGGGCGACAAGGAGGAAGAACCCCCAGUCAAACUGCCCAGUGUACCCUCUACACAUCUGCCUGCAGGGCCAGCUCCCAAAGCGGAUGAAGAUGAGGACGCACUAAAGCAGUUGGCUGAGUGGGUAUCCUGAUGAGUCUGGGCUGAUCUUCCUGAUGCUGCCUUCGUUGAUCUCUUUUCCUUAAGUGCCAAGUGCUGAGCUAAAGGAACAUAGCCUUUUUGGGAGGCCCUGCUGAGGGUGGUGGUAGAGCCCUGCCUGAGAAAGGGUCUGCUGCCCUCCAAUCCCUGGCUUGGAUCAACUCUGAAGAAGGAUCUUGGUGUGGGAGGAGCCCCUGGGCUCCCUUCUCUUUGAUAGCAGUUACAGUGCCCUUCAAUAAAAUUGGGCAGAUGGAAUCCUAGUGCUUAUACGGCCUUGUCUGCACCUGAAACUUGGAGCUGUUUCAGGCAGUGAAUACUAACAGGAGUAAUGAAGGGGCAUUGUAACAUAGAAUAAAUGUUUCCAAUAUCUUACCUA